AUGACUGCAAACAACAGUUUUGUUCACGAGAACCUUAUCUCAAAAAGAGCUUCUAAGAGAUCAAAUGCAAGAACAAGUUCUGCUGCAACCGAAGAUGCUCCUGCAGGCUUUGAACCUCAUCCUAAGCCAUUGGCAUUACAUAGAGGUAUGCCCAAUGCCGGAUUUUUCCCAAUUGACCUGAUUGAUGUAAACUUAGUUGAAUAUCCAUUUCAAAAGAGCUUAUCUAUCCCAAUCACAAAUGCAAGUGUCGAAUCAUUUUUUCCUGAUGAAAAGUCAGUAUCACGUACUAAUACUGUAACUAUUAAAAAAGUGGAUGAUCCAGAAUAUGUUGAUAUCUCUACCGCAUUGCAAUAUGGUUCGGUUGCAGGUAUUCCUCAGUUGCUUCAAUUUACACAAGAAUUCAUCAACCGAGUACACAAACCUGCAUUUGAAGACUGGGACACUGUAAUUACCAGUGGUGCUGGUGAUGGUUUAAUCAAAGCUGCAAAUCUCUUACUCGAUGCUGGUGAUGUCAUUUUAGUAGAGGAAUUCACUUUCACGCCCUUCUUAGAGAACAUUGAAGAUGUUGGAGGUAUCCCGGUACCAAUUAAGUUGAACUUAGAUAAAGACAGUGGCAAGGAAUUAGGAUUGGAUGUAGAGUACUUGAGUGAUUUAUUGGCUAAUUGGGAAACUGAAAAGCCAGGAUUACCUUUCCCUAAGGCACUCUAUGUGAUUCCAUCGGGGCAAAAUCCUAUAGGUACUACCCAAUCUAUUGAAACUCGUAAGAAGGUUUACAAGUUGGCAGAGAAGUAUGAUUUUGCCAUCAUUGAGGAUGAUGUGUAUGGAUAUUUGACGUUAAGACCUUUUCAAAAGCCAGCCAGCAUCUUUAAACUCAAUGACUUUUUAGAGGUUGAUGACUUUAUUGCAAAUCAUAUCACUCCCUCGUAUCUUACAAUAGACAAGAGUGGUAGAGUAAUAAGAAUCGAAACUUUUUCCAAGCUUUUCGCUCCAGGCUUAAGAUUAGGCUUUAUUGUUGCACACAAGAGAGUUACAACUGUUAUCAAGAAUUAUGCUAGUGAUGUAACUAGGUCAGCCUCAGGUACUUCGCAGUUGAUUGUUCAAAAUGUAAUUGCAAAAAAAUUUGGAGGUGUAGAUGGAUGGUUGCAAUGGAUCUUGAAAUUAAGGAUCACAUAUUCCCACAGGAAAGAUUUACUCUUAAAUCAAAUCUUUGAAUCGGCGGCGUACAAGAAGGGUUUUCUUGAAGUGAUUGAUCCAACUGCGGGUAUGUUUGUUAGCGUGUUUAUCAAACUAGCAAAGGGCGUCGAUGCACAAGCUAAAUUGAAGUUAUUGAACUAUAAGUUCAAAAAUUUUGGAGUUGGUGUUAUCCCUGGUAUCACUAGAACUGUUGAUAAGAAGUUUAGUGAAGACAGGUCCAAUUUUUAUAGGCUUACUUUUGCCCCUGCUGAAGAUGACAAUGAGAUUACAGAAGCAGGACAGAGGUUCGUUGAAGCUGUCGAGGACUUUUUUGAAAAAGGUCUCGAAUACUGA